CUCUUACACCUAUAUAAUUUAAAACCACUGCAAUAUCACACAUAUGGAUGUGUCCAACCAUCUGUUAAGCUUCAAAGAAAAUGAGGUCACGGAAUUUCUUCACACAUUUUUCUGCAAAAUAUCAUAAGCAUGGAGAGCCAUAAAAGAAAUGUUCGAAAUGGAAGGAGUUUUUCUGCAGACAGCCAAUCAAAAUUACUGAUGCAAAACCCAAUGAAAUCCUUCCAUGAGACUGUGCAAAAUUGCUAUGAAGGUGUGGUUGAGUAUAUGGAUGUAUGGAAGAAGUUUGAUGGGGCUGGUACCCAUCUAGUGGACUCCUUCUGUAACAGUCUCUGUGAAUCUGACUACCAUUAUCUGGGGCUGGAAACCAGUCAAGCAUUUAGCCUCAUUUACACUAGCAGCAAUGGAAUUGAUCCAUCUGGAAAACUGAGGGAAAUUGAGAAGCUUUUAAUUGGUCUCAGGAGUCACCUAGAGUCACUGGAAAGUGUUGAGAAAACCAAGUCUCAUUUACAGGUGCUAUGUCAGUGUGUUCUCUUGUUCCUCAAGGUACAGUCUGACUACCAUCAGCUGUGUUCUACCACCAUUUCGUCAGUGCUUGACAAACUAGUCCAGAAAUACAAAACCACAGAUACCAAAGAUGUUCUUCAACAAAUGACUGACCUUGACUUGGUGGCAAGGGAUUCCCCAAGUCAUAAUUUUUCUUCCUCCAAAAAGAAAAGUCUAUCUGCCUCUCCAAAGCUUCCAGCCAAACAAAAUUUAAAAUCUACAUUUUUAUCCUUAUUUGAGAGAAAAAGUGUGGAGAGUGAUGGUAACAGUGCCUUUUAUGUAGAUUUAGAGAAAACAGGUGCAGAAACUCCAAAGGGGGACAGUCAGGUGCUGAACAAACCAGAAAUUCUGGUGCAUAUUGGACUUGAUCCUGUACAAGAAAACGAAAAACCUACCAUUGUACCAGCAUCUAUAGAUGAUGGUACAUGUAUUCUAUUGCCAGAAAUCACAACUCAAGACUUCGAAGAAAGAAAUCCCUUAGCCACAGAAGAAGAGCUGGACUCUGUUGUGAAUUUACUCUCGGGAAUUGUUGCACCAAGUACACAGAUGCAGACAAUCCAUGAAAAUCACCUGACCGUGCCUUCUCUUUAUCCGUCACGGAAUUCCUCCCCCGGUCUCAGCUUCUCUUCCAGGUUCUCUUCCAGGACACCCUCACCAGGUGGAAGUGAUGAUAGCUCAAGAGCUGGUCAGACUAAAGGUCAGAGAAGGUCAGAGGGAUCAUUAGAUUUUACAGGUGUAGCUAGAGGAAACACCUGGCCCCAUCGCUCAAGUCUUCCUUCAAGUCAUCUCGCAAGUUCUCCUGAUUGUGGUCAUCACAGUGCAACCAUCCCAAGACGUUAUUCAAAGGAUCCUUAUGUAGGUGGAAGACAUCUAAUAAAUAUGCAUAGCACUGGCCAUCCAUCAACGGGAUUUCCAUGGGGAUAUCCUGAACCUAAAUAUAGACCCUGGGUAACCAAGAGCUUGCCAUCAUCUCAAGGUUCGGACAUUUUACACAGCAGCUGGUCUGCCCUUCAGGACUCCGACGAUCUGUCUGACGACUCCUCUAGUGGGGAGCCAUUCUUUGCCAUGGGGCUGGACCUUGUGAAUGCAUUAGAAGCAAACCCAUGUGGAAGCAGUGAUGAAGAUGCAGAAAAUCAGAAAAUUUUGGGGCAGCAUGACAAACACUCAACUAAUACCUGGCCCCCAAAGCAGUCUUGGUCACAAACUAGUCAGGGAGGGGCUCCAAAUCAGAAGCAGCCAGAAAAGGUUCCGGCUCACCGUCCUGUGUCCAUGCAGUGGAGUGACCCUCUCGCAAAUCGUACCCAUUGGCCAGGAUUAGGUGCCUCUCAGAGUAUGCAUGGUUUUGGUUCAACAAAAUGAGAGACAAAUAUAAACUAGAGAAAAAUGCCCAGAGAAUACUCUAGCCAGAAGUUUCAUUUUUUAAUAAUUGCUGAAGAGUUGCCCACCGAAGACAUCGUAAACUUGCCACAAUUCUACAUGAACAACUCAGCAAAGAUGCAACAAUCCCACAUUAACCAUUAUACAUGUAUGAAACCUUGAUAUUCAGUAUUAAUUUGAUUGAAGCAGGUUGAAAUGAAAUAUAUGUAUGUCUACAUUCUUUAGUUGAAUAUGAAUUGCUGAUAUUAUUUUUUUAUGGUAUUCAGGGCAUUUUUUUUAUGUAAUACAUGUGUGUUUAUUUUCAUUUGCCCUUCUUUUGAUGGGUUGUAUAAUGGUUUGGGCUGACCUUAUGUCUGUACAUCUGUGCAUCUGUCUGUCUGUUAGC